AUGGUGGCGGUUGAUGAAAAGAAGAGGGAUCGAAUGGUGAAAAAAGAUGUGAUGGAAUUUCCUCGAAAUGAUGAUCAUGGAGUGACUGUUGCAUUUUAUGGGAGAGAGGUGUAUGAGGGUGUUCCUAUGGCACAUUUCUCUCCAAAGUCUCCUUUAAAUUAUAAACAGAACAAGGCGGUGGAAAAUAAAUACAAGCUCUUGAAUAGUCCAACAAAACAAGCAACACUAGAUGAGACACAAUCACAAAAGUUUGCAAGUUCAACUAAAGGGGCAACAGAUGGAACAUAUUCUCGUGGUGAGGCGAUAUCAUCUGCUGUGAUUCACGCCGAAGGACUCCGAUCACAUUUGGAACCAGAGUUCCCUAGUUUUGUGAAGUCAUUGGGGUUGCCUGUAUCGUUUUGUAAAAGACAUUUACCUGAUAAAGAUACAACUAUCACAUUAGAAGAUGAAUAUGGUAAAGAAUACAAAACAAAAUACAUUGCAUGUAAGACAGGAUUGAGUGCUGGUUGGAGACAGUUUUCUGCUGUGCAUAAAUUGCUAGAAGGAAGAAACAACAUAGAAUCUGAUGUUGUAGCAUGUAAUAGCCCAAAAAGAAAAAGCAUUAAACCUGUUUCACAAGACAUCCAAAGGAAAAAGAAAAUGAUUGUAUCAAACAUGGAGUCUAAGCCUAAACAAUAUAGAGAGCAAUCUGAAAUUGAUAGCGACGAAGCUUUGUCAGAAAUAUUCGAAGGAUUUAAAAUGCCUGAAUUUAAAGAGUUAAAAGGUUUUGAAAAUUUCAGAAUCAUAGUUGAUGGAAGGCCAAUUGAAGAAGAACUCUCCACAGAAGUUCGAAGCAAGUACUACAGACUAUGUUACAGUCAACAAGUUUUUCUUCAUGACAAUGUCAUCAAAGGCUUGCAUUAUAAGCUGAUUGCUGGAAUUAUAUCCGAAAUUGUUAAUAUUGCUGAUGCAAUAAAAGUCAGUGUGAUAUCUACACCGCGUGUUGAAUUUUCUAAUUGGGAUAAAACAUUGCUAGCUUUUGAACAUUUGGGCAUGAAUGUUGAAUUUUUAAGAGUUCGGUUGCGCAGGCUUGUUAGCAUAGCUUAUGAAACUGGUGAUGCCUCAGAGAUUAGAAGAUAUAUGGCCUAUAGAACUGAACAACACGGUCAGGUAGAGGAUGAAAUAAAGAACAUGGAAACGAAGCUUGAAGAAUUGAAGGAAGCUUGUAGCGGCUUUACUAAUUAUCUCGAGAGUUUAAAGUCUAAAGCUGAAAAGCAUGAACAUAAGUUUCAGAAAGAAGUUGCUGCUAAUUGGUGA